AUGAAUCGAAGAAUUUAAUAUAUUUCAGUUCUAAAGGUUUACUCAAUCAAAUCAUAAAUAUAAUAUUUUUAAUCAGAAUUGGAAGAGAGGAGAAGGAAUGAAAAUUAUGAAUAAAAUAUCAAAGAAUUUGGUCAUUUUGAUUAUCAAAUACAAAAAUUAAUUUGCAGGCUUGACUUAGCAAAUUUGUUAGAAGUGAGAGCAUAUUGCAAUCCACCAUUAAUCGUACUGUACAUCUUUGAAUACUUAAUGAUAUUAUUAAAUAUUAAACCUAAGGAUCCAAAAGAUGUUUUUAAAUCAAUAAAAGUAAUGUUAUCAAACCCCGUUGAAUUAGUCUGUAGGCUUGAAUAAAUGAAGAUAAGUGAUAUAAAAUAGUCUUAAUUAUAAAAACUUACACCUAUUUUAUAAAUACCUGUUGAAUUGGCUUAAAACCUAGCUAGGGCCAGUGGAAUCAUUUGUGAAAUUAUUUAGUUAAUUGUCAAAGCUCAUAACAGUUGUUAGUUCACGAUUCAAUUAUUUAUGAUCGAAGAAAAAAUAACGAAAAAUAUAUACAAACUAGGUCAUUUAAAUAAAAUAUUUGGCUUAAAUAACAAUUGA